AUUUCCCACUUGAUCAUUUUCAGUAACAUAUAUCAAUGUCGGUUGAUGUUAUCCCAGGAGAUAUAUCUACCUUUACAGUAGCCAUAGCCAUAUUUAGUGGCUGCAUACUCUUUUUUGGGUAUAUAUCAAUGUUCCUGAAAGAAAGACUAUUUCUCUCUGAAGCAUUCAUUGCCCUCCUUGUUGGAGUUCUUGCCGGUCCAUUGGUUGUAAAUGGUCUUAAUCCAUAUACUUGGAAGGACUAUCAUGAAAUUACUAAACAAUUGACCCGAUGCAUCAUUGCCAUCCAGGUGAUGGCAGUUGGUAUCGAACUACCACAACACUAUUUGAAAAAAGAAUGGCGCACAGUCCUUAUGUUUCUUAUACCCGUCAUGAUAUACAUGUGGCUCGUAAGUGGUACUCUUAUCUGGGGUCUUAUUCGUCCUCUUAGUUUCCUUGAAUCACUCGUCAUAUCUGCUUGUAUUUGCCCAACUGAUCCAAUUUUAGCAAAUUCUGUUGUUAAGGGGCGAUUUGCAGAAAAACACGUACCUCCCCAUGUACGAAAUGCAUUAGCUGCAGAAAGUGGAGCCAAUGAUGGUAUGGGCUUUCCAUUUCUGUUUUUAGCCAUUUUUUUAAUAUCGGAGGAUAGUGUUGGAAAAGCGGUUGGUAAAUGGAUCUACAUAACAUGUCUGUUUCAAAUCAUUCUUUCCUGCGUUAUUGGCGUUGUCGUUGGAUAUAUUGCCAGAAAGGCGUUACAGUGGUCCGAGAAACGCCGUCUUAUCGACAAACCAUCAUUUCUGUCCUUUGCUAUUGCGUUGGCACUCUUCUUAAUGAGCGUUACCGGAUUCUCUGGCAGUGAUGACCUCCUCGCAUGCUUUGUUGCUGGCAACGCGUUUUCAUGGGAUGAAUGGUUCAGGCGCGAGACAGAAGAAGCUCAUUUUCAAGAGGUGAUUGAUAUGAUGCUAAAUCUAGCUAUAUUCGUUUACAUUGGCUCUAUUAUACCUUGGUGGGAGUUUAAUAAUCACGAACUUGGCUUGGAGCCAUGGAGAAUGGUGCUUGUAGCCUUCCUUGUCUUGUUUUUCCGCCGUCUGCCUGUUGUCGUCUUGCUCAAACCGGCAAUGCCAGCCAUCAAAACCUAUCGAGAGGCUGUUUUCAGCGGAUGGUUUGGACCUAUUGGCGUUGGCGCUGUCUUUUUAUCGACAAUUGCCAAGGAAGAACUAGAGACUGUUUAUGAAGGAAAAGAGAAACCACUAGCCACUCAAAUUGUGGGUCCCGUCGUGCUCUUUAUUGUGUUUUCGUCUGUUGUCAUACAUGGUACGACGGUUCCUUUGUUCAAGCUUGGUAGAACGAUUCGCACAAGGACAGUGUCGGUAAAUAAGCCUGCUGAUGUUGCGGCUGUUUCCGAAAAAGCCGACCAUCAGGAUGAGCAAGAUAGAGACAUGAGGACAGCAGAUGAGAAAAAGGAUGAACAGACUUCCAAUGGAAGCACAAUACUGGUCAAGCCAUCGGAGAGCAAUAGACAAGUGAUAGUAGAUAUGCAUCCAUCAGAUUUUGAAUAUUCUGAAGAGGACUUUUUGCCAGAUGACGUGUCCGAUGCUAUUGCAAGCACAAAGUACGAUUUGUUAACAAGCACCGCUAGUCGGUCGUUAUCUUCUGUCAGAACGAGGGCAAGUGGUAGUAAGGCUUCUGUUACCUUUGCAAGCAACGUAGGUACGACAACAAAAUUGGUAGAACCUCCUGAACAUAGUACAGUUGAUAAAAAAAAGAAACCAGAAGAAGUGGUUAGCUUGAAGACGUGGUUCUUUAGAAGCAAUUCAGCUUCCAGAAUUCAAAAAAGAAGGAGGCAAAAAGAAAAAGAAAGGAAGAGAAGGAUAAAGGAAGAUAAAAGGAUGUUGAAAGAAAAACAAAAAGAAGAGAAAAGGUUACUAAAGGAAAGACAAAGGACAGGAAUAACCAAUCCCACGAUUCGAGUGACUGAAGUAGUAGUAUGAUAAAUAAAAUUAUGUAUGCUUUUAAGCAGAUUAAAAAGUCUAAGUUACGCAAAAAGGGGGGAGAAGCGGUUCUAUCAUCUUGUCCUCACGUGCCCUUGUUUUUUUAAAUCAAUAAAUAAGCUCC